GAUUCGAACCCCAAACCUGGAUGUAGAAGCCUUUAAACCUUAACCAAUAGGCUACGGUGCUUCCACAGUAAUUUGCUUUUUAUAAAGACAAUUGGAUUAGUAAACUUUCGUGGCAAAAUUAUCCUUUAGCAUUUUCCAGAUUUAUACCAAUCUUUUAUAUAUGAUUAAAAGUAGUACUAUUACUUAAAUUUGAUUAUUUCCUAACCUAGAUAAGUAUUUUAAUAUAUGAUCAAAAUUUUAAAUAUUUUAUAAAAUUGACUUUUCCUUCAUAUUUUAUAAAAUUGACUUCACUGAAUUUUAUAAAUACAUAUUUAACCUGACUAGUUGUCAAUGACGGCAUUGUAUGUCACUUAAAUUAAUGAUUACUCAUAUACAUAUAUUUAUAAGAAAAUAUAUGUUGGAUAUUGCCAAGUCUAAAGAUUGGCUGGACUAACCUUAAUUAACCGACCAAGAAACCAUUAUCUUCUUAUUUUUGUCCUUUUUGGAAGUCAUAACUUGUCCCUAGACAUUUUGGAUUGUAAUUAAGGUUUUGUUUUUCUGUUUAGAAUUAACAACAAAACUUAUAAUUCAAUGCGGAGGUAAAAUGCUUAAUUAAGUAAUUAUUCUUUUGUUGUGGCUGUUCUGCGCAUUAAAAUAUAUUUUGUUGGGUGGGUGUAAUGUUUUUUUUCUGUAAGGGUGUAAUGUGUUAUAUAAAAUAGUGUGGAUGAAUUAUUGGACUUUUUCUCAUUUCUUUGGUUUUAUCUAUUUUCAAAUUAUCAGAUUAUCAAAUUUUACCAAUCAUGAUUUAUUUUUAGUUUAAAAGUUUAAAAGUCUACAUCAAAACGCUACUAAUUUUUGCCAAACAUGAUUCAGAUUUCUAAAGCUAGACCAAAAAAUAAAAGAAAUUUGUCUCUUAUGUAAUUUAGGUAAAAAUUCUACAUCUUUAUUAUUUAGGCUGUUGAGCAACUGUGAAAUGAAAAAUAAUGUAUAGUAUCAAAUAAAUUAGAUACUUAUAGGCAAAAUUUAUUACUAUUUAGAUAUUAACUUUUACUAUAAUUUUAAAAAUUUAUACUUAGUUUUAUUUGCUUUUUAAUAAUUUUAUAAUAUUUUAAAUUUUUAAAUAAUAUAAAUGUAGUUUAUAUAUUACAUUAAAAUAAUGAUAAUUUUUGAUAAUUUAUAUUUUCUUAUUAAUAAGCAUUUUAAUUGAUAUAUAUAUUACAUAUCUCAUAUUUUUUAUUUUAAAAAAUAUCUACUUCCAAUAAAUUUACAACUACAACAAAUCACCUACAUCAUAAAUUUUACAGAUAAAUUUCUAAAGAUACAGUCCAACCAGGAAUCCUAUAUGAACAUGUUUCACAUUACUCAUGGCAGCAUUGUAGUUUUCUAUUUUUUUUAAAUAUGAAACUAGUAUUCAUUCUAGUUUCAAUCUUCAAGUAGUCUUCUUCAACUUCUACAGAGAAUCACGAGAAUGUUGUUUUUGUUGUUGUUCAUAUUGUUUCGGUCAAAGUAUUUGACAUUUUAGAAAUUCAAAUUCAAUCCAAUUCAACGGUUUGAUUUGUAAACAGGUCUUCUCGUGAUCUUUUGGUAUUAGUUUCAGGGGAGAAACCUCACGUCCGAACAUGCCUCUAUAUAUAUAACGUCGUUUAGCCACACGUACUCAUCAACACAAGAAGAACUCAAAAGAUUCCAAAGCACACUGUAUUCUUACAAUCAUUCUCUGCUAACUUAGUUAAUGAUGGUUUCGAUGGAGGCUUUAGCGAUGGCAGGAGAUGAUUAUCAAGAAUGGGGACUUAGUAUUGAUGAAUAUGAGUAUCAAGAAUCCGUCGUUCCAUCUCAUUUGCUUGCAGAAGAAGACUGUUCUGAAGAAGAUUCCGAAGAAGAAGAUCAUGUAAAUGACGAUAAUAGAGAUUUUGAUGGCGUAGAGGCUAAACACCAUGUUACUUGUGACGUUAGAGAUUCUUCUGUUGGAAAACUGAUUGAACAAUCUAUCUCACAUAUCAUCGUUCACCUCAAACACAUUAAGUUAUUAACACAUCUUCUUGAGAACUUUUUGUUUAUCCAUGUUCUUGAUUUUCUUUUGUAAUUGCGUUCUAUUGGGAAUUUAUUUUUGUGUGCUUAAUAAAGAGUGAAUUGACUGUAUAAUGUUAGUAAAUAUAUAUUCAAUUUUGAGCAAUUGAAUAGAUUGAAAUAAAGGUAAAAGGUUAAUUUUUUAAUUCGGUUUAUGUGGUUAUAUUUUUCUUCGAUAAAUCAUAAAACUAGUGGUGAGACGAUAACCUAACCAAAAUUUCACCAACUCACAAUCGAACGAAUAACUCAUAUACGAUAGUGAAAACAAACUAAAUAAACUGAAGUUCACUAAACUUAAAGGAAGGCAUUGUCGGUCUAACAAGAAUAGCAGAACUAGAUUAUCAAAAAGAAAAAGAAUAGCAGAACUAAUUAAUAUCCGUCUUGACCUUAUAUCGAUUAUUUGGCCCUUGUUAAUAAUCUAACUAAAAAGUAUAUGUGUGUAAUAUUUUGCUAUAAAACUGUAAUUGUUUCAGAAUCUCAUAAAUCUUUUUACUGAUUUUAGCAUUAAUCUUUUCACAAAAUGAUUCAUCUAGUAUAUACAUAACUAUUUUCACAAAGUAAAUAAAUACCGAAAACAAAACUAACAGUUUUAAUAUAAUAAAACUUCCUUGAACGUAAGUACUUUUUAGUGGAUGUACUGUGUGCGGACGGACCCUAACUUCCGAAGCAUUGACGUCUCAUUCUUUUGAUAAGAGCACACCAGAAGAAAAGUCUCGUUUUCACGUUCCAUCUUUCAAAAUUCAAACAAAAGUACAAGAAAACCGUGGUGUAUGAUCAUAUAUAAAGUUCACGAGAAUCACGACUCUGAUGUUAAUUAUUACGACACACCAUCAGGCCUGCACACCAUGCAUGGCGUACGUAUUAAUACGUAAUAUCUUACGCCAUCACGCGUUUGAAUUGCGCCAUGCAUAUUUCAAAAUCUGGUGUUUAAUUAAUACAACGAGUAC